AUGAAGAAACAAUGGUGUGAGAUUGAGGCAAUAGGCAUUAACUAUAAGAUCCAUGGCACAAAGACAUUAAAACAACCUUUUAAAAUCUUCAACAAACCUCGAAAACCAGACUAUGAAGCAAAUGCUGGAGAAAUGCCGGGUAAUGGAGCUAAGCAUGUUCUCAAGGAUGUUAAUUGCAUAGCCAAGCCAUGUGAAAUUCUUGCGAUUGUUGGGCCAAGUGGAGCAGGAAAAUCAUCACUGCUUGAGAUUCUUGCUGGUAGAGUUAGUCCAGAAAAUGGAGGUUCUAUCUUGGUGAACAAGGAGCAUGUAGAUAAAUCUCAGUUCAGAAAAUUUUCAGGGUAUGUUACACAAAAGGAUACCCUUUUCCCCUUACUUACAGUGGAAGAAACCAUGAUGUUUAGUGCAAAACUAAGGCUAAAUCUUCCUCAAGAAAAACUAUGCUCCAAGGUUAAGUCACUGAUUCAAGAGCUUGGUCUUAGCCAUCUUGCUAGGACUAGAGUAGGAGACGGAGAUGACAGAAUCCGCGGAAUAUCCGGUGGUGAGAGGCGCCGAGUUUCCAUUGGUGUUGAAGUCAUACAUGAUCCGAAAGUGUUGAUUCUUGAUGAAGCAACUUCGGGUCUUGACAGUACCUCGGCUUUGCAAAUAAUUGAUAUGCUGAAAGCCAUGGCUGAAUCUAGGGGAAGAACUAUAAUACUAAGUAUUCAUCAACCCGGGUUCAGGAUAGUGAAGUUGUUCAAUUCAAUACUGUUGUUAGACAAUGGCAGUGUGUUGCAUCAUGGGAGUGUGGAUUUGUUGGAUGUGAAUCUGAGGUUGAUGGGUUUAGAGCUUCCUCUUCAUGUUAAUGUCGUUGAGUUUGCUAUUGAAUCCAUUGAGACUAUUCAGCAACAACAAAAAAGUCAACAAGUUAAGAUCAAACAAGUUCAGAUUGAAGCGCCGAAACGAGUACUCGGGUCAAUGAUACUAAAGAAAGGCGAUGAUCAAGGUGAAAGUAGAAGUGGUAAGUUAACUCUACUACAACUAUUUCAACAAUCCAAGGUAUUUGACAUUGAAAACAUCAAUGUAGGCAUGGAUUUUACUUGUGAUUAUGCUAAUUCGAGAUUGAGAGAAACAAUGAUUCUUGCUCAUAGGUUCUCCAAAAACAUUCUUCGUACAAAUGAGCUCUUUGCAUUUAAGACAGUUCAGAUGCUGAUUUCUGGUAUGGUUUUAGGCUCCAUAUUUGGUAAUCUCAAAGAUGGUUUAGUGGGAGCAGAACAGAGAGUUGGUUUGUUUGCUUUCAUACUAACGUUUUUGUUAUCAAGCACCAUUGAUGCUCUACCGAUUUUUCUGCAAGAACGGGAGAUUCUAAUGAAGGAGACCUCAAGUGGAAGCUACAGAGUUUCAUCCUAUGCUUUAGCCAAUGGCCUAGUUUACUUGCCAUUUCUACUCAUACUAGCCAUUCUAUUCACAGUGCCGCUGUACUGGAUUGUCGGUCUCAACCAAAAUUUCACGGCGUUUUUGAACUUUCUGUUGCUAAUAUGGCUGAUACUGUACACUGCGAAUUCGGUUGUGGUAUGUUUCAGUGCUCUGGUGCCUAAUUUCAUUGUUGGAAAUUCGGUAAUUGCCGGGGUCAUUGGUUCGUCUUUUUUGUUUUCUGGUUACUUCAUAUCCAAUCAUGAAAUUCCAAAGUACUGGAUUUUCAUGCAUUAUUUAUCUCUAUUUAAGUAUCCCUUUGAAGGGUUUCUGAUAAAUGAGUUCUCCAACUCAAAGAAAUGCUUAGAGUAUAUGUUUGGGGCAUGUGUGAUGAAGGGAGAGGAUAUACUUAAAGAAGAAGGGUAUGGAGGAGAGAGUAGUAGAUGGAAGAAUGUUGGGGUGAUGCUGUCCUUUAUCUUUGUUUAUAGAUUCAUUUCUUAUGUAAUUCUCAGAUACCGAUGUUCCCGGAGUGUCAUCUUCUGA